GAUGAAGUCAAGUAGUAGUGUUCCAUGAAUAAUCGUCAUAAUAAAUUAUUUUGGAGUCGGAUCGUAUUUUGUGCCGAAGAAAGAAAAAACCAAACCGAACCAUAAACUAAUAUAAUCUAUUGAAUUAGUGCCACUUAGUUUGAACCACAUUUUUCUGACUCAUUUGCUCUCUUCUUUCCGUCGUACUUGACAGUCCUUUCUCUAUCUUCAGUAGAAGAAACCCCAGAAAUUCCAAUGAAAAACAUUGUGAUGCAUUUUUGGAUAUUUUACAGCAGGUAUAAUUGUCGAGACAACAAUCAAAUAUAAAAUGAAACGAGACGAAACAAUUAUUAACUCAGGAUAUUCAACUACUUUACUUCAACGAUUUCUGAUUGAGAAAAAAACGACAACAAAAAUGCCAUUGUUUCCCAAAAUCAAUGAGAAUGUGAAAUUAAUUCAUUAUAAAACAAUUUGUUGAUUACUUCUCGAACAAAUUAUCUUGAAAAACGGAAUUGAAUGAGCCACACUUGAUUAUCACCUGCGUUGACUAAAUGAUUAAUCACAAAGAACGUGCGGAUCUCGCGAUCAAUAAAUUACACCUCUCUGAGUUUCAUCACAGCGCUCUUUGCAUCGAUAUUGACGCGGCUUAGAUAUGUUUAUUGUUUAAUGACACUUAGAUAUUUUACAUACAAUUGCCCAAUUCAAAUACUUUUGCUGAGAGAAUAAACAAGACCGCAGAGCUUCGCUUCGCUCCGCGGAGUCUGCUCUGCAUCCUUGAGUUUUUAGUUACUUAAUCUAUUUUGUUGUUUCACAACAAACUAUUUUUUGGCGCACUACAUGAAAUGUAUUUCAUCAAAGUAACUUUGAAGUAAUAUAUUUAUUUGCAAAAUGAAUUACAAGAUCUUGGUUUUAUUUCUUUUUUGAAAUAUACUGCCCUUGGCUUAAAUUAAAUAAAAAAUAUGAGCAUAAAAUUCAAAAUUCACCAUAAUUUGUUUCAUCACUCAAAAAGUAUUAAGAAAAAUAAAAGCAGAUAAGUAGCUCUACAUUUCAUGUAGUGCUUAAAAGACGAAGAAAAAAAAAACAAUCGCGAUCGUAAUUAUUUGGGCUCAUUGACGGACUUAAUCUUAUCGAUGCACACAACACAAAUUAAUGAGCAGACGAACACGUGCCAAAAAUGAAUGAAUGAACACCAACCACUCGAAAUGAAACAUUUUUCUAGAUUAGAUGCACACUUUUAUGGCCAUUAUGACAUCAUUACAUUUGGAAUUUGACUUUUUUAUGCAUUCUUCAUUCUGGUUUUGUAUGAACGUUUUUCGAUUCGUUUGGAGCUUUUCUGACAUUUUUUUCUUCCUUUUUUCAGAAUUUUUACUUUCAAUCUUGAGUUGCAUCAAGAUUUUAAAAUUGUCCAAGAAUUAAAUCAAGUAAAAAAUCACGAUGGGAAAAUUCCCAAACUCAUUUGCAAAUCGAAUGAAUGCAAUAUGCAUUCAAGUAUAUGGAACAAAGUAGCAGAACUAAGUGAGUGAUAGGUUCAAUUUUCCCUCAUAAAUGAAACCAAAAAUUCGUCCUUCAUCGAUUGUAAUCGUAAAUUGUGAACAGUUUUGAAAUAGCGUAAGUUUCUCUUCGCUAUUGCGAAUUGCGGUGAUCAAUGCUCGAAGACUUUAUAUCUCGAUAUAUUUAAGAUAAAUGAAACGAUAGGAUCGUAGCCAUUACAAUAAUUUAAGCGCUGAAACUUUGGCCCCAUGUAAUCAAUACACAUUCCAGUACGUGGAAAUCCACUUUACCGUCCGCACUUGAGACAAAUAACGGAGCAGAUCAACCUUUACACCACAUCAAAAGCGCAAACAAAACAGCAAGAAGAAUCGUCUGCAAAUUUACAGCAUAACGAACAAAAAAAACCCAACAACAACUAUGACGCAAUUCCUCGAUCGCAAGAGAAAAAAAUAUUCUGCUUCACAAGAGGAAAUCGAUUACAAAUUCACGGAAUCUACUCGAAAAGCAAAAACACAGGUGAAACGCUACAACGGAAUCGACUACACAUUCUUUUCCUUUGGCUUGAUAAGAUAAUGAGAUUGAGCAGCAACAACAACGAACGAAAAACAAAAUCUAGUAUUUAUAUGCUGCGGUAAAGCACUUGAAAAUCCGAUUAUUUAAACGGACGCUGGCCCAUUCAAUUCAAGUCAUAAGCCAAUCUACUUCCAAAGUAAAAGGACAUAACAAACAAACAGCGUCGAAGUAGAAGGAACAAGCUUUCAGACAAAGCACUCGCUAGAUAACAACAACACAUACACAAAUCGAAAGCGGGAAAAACAGAAUCGCGGAAAAUAGUGGAAUAUUAAAAAAAAAUCGAUCGAAGAACGAAUGAACGAAAAAACAAGAUGCAGUUUCUAAAAUUGAUAAUGUUCUGCAUUGCAAUUGCAAUGUGCCACGGCAGAGGCUCGAAGAAUCCAAAUUUUGCACCGGGACGCAGUGUGAUCGUUCAUUUAUUCGAAUGGAAAUGGAACGAUAUUGCAUUGGAAUGCGAACGAUUUUUGGGACCAAAAGGAUAUGCUGGCUUUCAGGUGUCACCAGUUACAGAAAAUGUAAUAAUACCGGGUCGAUCAUGGUAUGAACGCUAUCAACCGAUUUCCCAUAAGAUCUUGACACGUUCGGGUAAUGAGCAGGAAUUUACCGAUAUGGUACGACGAUGCAAUGCCGUUGGUGUUCGCACAUAUGUUGAUGUGGUUAUCAAUCAUAUGACUGCCAUUCACGCAACAAACAUUGGCACCGGCGGUUCAAUUGCCGAUCCAUUUUGCCGACGCUAUCCAGCCAUUGGAUUCAACGAGACACAUUUCAAUAAUCCCGUGUGUAGCAUCUACGACUAUAAUAAUGCAAACGAAGUACGCAAUUGUGAAUUGGUUGGGUUACGCGAUUUAAACCAUACGAAUCCAUUUGUGCGUGAAAAGACCAUUGAAUUUUUGAAUCAUUUGAUCGAUUUGGGCGUUGCCGGAUUCCGUGUGGAUGCUGCCAAACAUAUGUGGCCACAUGAUUUGGAAGCCAUUUACAAAGGUCUUAAGCCAUUGAACACAGAUCAUGGAUUUGAAGACGGUGCUCUACCAUAUAUCGUACAAGAAGUUAUCGACCUCGGUGGCGAAGGCAUUUCAUGUCACGAAUAUACACCAUUGGGUGCGAUAACUGAAUUCCGUUUUUCGGCACAUAUUGGUCGUGUGUUCCGUAGUCAUAUCCCGAUGCAUUGGUUACGCAGUUGGGGCGUCGGCUGGGGAUUUGUUGAUCAUCAAGAUGCAUUAGUUUUUGUUGACAAUCAUGAUAAUCAACGUGGCCAUGGUGCUGGUGGUGAUACGGUGUUGAUGUACCGUGAUGGAAAGAAUUAUCGCAUGGCAACGGCUUGGGCAUUAGCACAUCCGUAUGGUAAUGUUCGUGUGAUGAGUUCAUUUGAUUUUCAACAAGGUGCUAACGAUAUGGGACCACCACAUGAUGACCAUGAAAAUCUGCUGUCACCAAUAAUCAAUGCGGACGGUUCAUGCGGAAAUGGAUGGAUUUGUGAACAUCGUUGGAAUACAACGGUAAAUAUGGUUAGCUUCCGAAUUGCAGCCGGCGAUGCACCGAUUUUAAUGUGGUACGACAAUGAGCAUAGCCAUGUGGCAUUCAGUCGUGGCAAUCGAGCAUUUAUCGCAUUCAAUCGUGAAGACAAUGAUUUUGAUGCUAUUCUUAAUACAAAACUGCCACCCGGCAUCUAUUGUGAUAUCAUUUCGGGACAACGAGAUGACAAUCGAUGCACCGGUACACAGGUAGUUGUCGAUGAACAGAGCAACGCUCGUGUCGUCAUUCCAGCCAAUUCACUCACAAGUGUGGUUGCCAUCCAUGUUGGUCAACUCUCUAAACUCAUCUAAAGUUCCAAAUGGAAAAGAUCAUCAUCUAAACGAUGGAAAAUCAACGAAAAAGCGCACACGCGAACAAAGACUGAGUAUUAAAAUAUUGGUAAUUAGAUCUUUAUGAUGAAUUUCUGGAAUCUAUUUUGCAAGCGAACUAUGGACAAUUCUUAUAAUACAUUCAUUCAGAACAAAAAAAAAAACAAUUUUCAAUAAACGAAAAACAAAUAAUAACGUAAGGAGACAUACAGCUUACACAAUCAGAUAGAGAAUCAGGCAACUGAUGACUAUAAUGGUUAGACAAUUGAUAUUUUCUAUUCAAAUUAUUUAAUUUAUUUGAAACAACAAUAAAAGACAAAUAAAUGAACGAAACACCUGCUUAAUAGCUCAUAGCAUUAGACUGAAAAGACUAAUGCAGUUAGUCGUUAGUUAUACCGUUUGUAAAUGUUUUUAAUUAGAAAAAUAAACAUAAUUUGAACGAUAAAA